AUUCUUUUUCCUCUCAACUUGAUUAUUAGAGGAAUAGUACGUAAUCAUGUUACGGCUCUUAAAAGAAAAGAAAUCACCAAAAGCCAAGACGAUCCCUAUUCCCGACGAUUAUCUAGAAAGGGUAUACGCGGGUGUUCUCGGGAAAUUGAUUGGCGUGUAUAUGGGCCGCCCAUUUGAAGGAUGGACGCACCAACGCAUCAUCGCUGAACUGGGACAUAUUCGAUAUUUCGUCAAUGAGAAACUUGGGUUGCCAGUUGUUGUUACUGAUGAUGAUGUCUCGGGUACUUUUACGUUUGUCAGAGCGCUGGAAGAACAUUCGCGUGGGAAAGAUGGUAUUUCGGCGGAAGAUGUUGGGAGGACUUGGUUGAAUAAUGUUAUUCAGGGGAGGACGAUAUUCUGGUGGGGCGGCAACGGCGUAUCAACCGAGCACACCGCAUACCUAAACCUCAAACGCGGCCUCCGCGCCCCGCAAAGCGGCUCCAUAUCCACCAACGGCACCACAAUAGCCCAACAAAUCGGGGCCCAAAUAUUCAUCGACGGCUUCGCGAUGACAUGUCCGGGUAACCCGGACUUAGCAGCUAAACUCGCCAGCGCAGCUGCGUCGGUAAGUCACGAUGGUAUCGCCGUACACGCAGCGCGCUUAUGGGCCGCUAUGGAGGCCGAAGCGUUUAUUUCAGCGGAUGUGCAACAUUUGUUGGAUGUGGGGUUAGAAUACAUACCCCAGGAUUCUUUGAUAAGAACACUAGUAAAUGAUGUUAGAGGAUGGUGUGCAGAAGAUGGGGAUUGGUUGAAGACGAGAGAGAGGAUUGAGGAGAAAUAUGGGUAUGACAAGUUCCCCGGGAUAUGCCAUGUUGUGCCGAACCAUGGCAUUAUGGUUAUGGCUUUGAUUUAUGGAGGGGGGGAUUUUGGCGAGGCGAUGCAUGUUGUGAAUACGUGUGGUUGGGAUACGGAUUGUAAUUCGGGGAAUUUGGGGUGUUUGGUUGCGAUUAUGCAUGGGUUGAAGGGUUUUGAACUGGUGGGUGAGGGUGACGACAGCGAUGGUGGCGAUGAAAAGGAAGGAAGACGAGAUUGGCGAGGUCCAUUAGGUGAUCGAGCUCUUAUCUCAAGUGCAGACGGAGGAUACUCCAUCAACAACGCCGCGAGAAUCGCUUACGACGUAGCAAACAUGGGCCUCACUCUCGCCGGCAAGCCACCCCUUCCGCCCCCGAAAGACGGCGCGCAACUCCACUUCACCUUACCCGGAAGUACUCAGGGGUUCCGAGUUCAUUAUCUUCGAAGCAAUAUCGACAGUCAGGACCUCCCGAAAGCAACCAUCGCACAAACCAUAGACACCACCAACAACACCCCCAGCUUGAAAAUCCAGGUCUUCCGUUACCGUUAUUCUCAGGACGUAGUAGAAGUCAUAACAGACACAUUUGCGCCUCCCGAAGUCCGGCAAAUGCCCAUCUAUGAGCUCGUCGGCUCUCCUCUUAUAUACCCCGGCCAGACUAUCCGAGCCCACGUGCGCGCAGACGACGCCAACGCAGAAGCGACCAGCGUAGGCCUAGUACUUCGAGGAUACAAAUACUCCGACGCUAUCGAUACCGUGGUUAAUACGAACUGUAGUAUCUCACCCGGCGAAUCCACCGUCCUAGAGUGGACUAUUCCAGACAAACAUUUCGGCGGAAGGCCGAUUCAGGCCGUGGGCUUACGCAUAUGGGUUACUAAAAAAUGCGGUCUUAGCACAAUAUGGUUAGAUUAUCUAUGUUGGGAUGGUCCGCCAAACCUCACUCUUAGACCUGCAACCGCUGUUGCGGCUGUGAUAGGAGAGAAAGAAUAUAGCCCAGCUACAUUCUACCAACAAUCCUUCGUCAACGGCGCUGACACAUUCGACGCCACAGGAGAAAAAUUCAUAAUUGCACAAGACUCCGGUGAAGGUAUAGUGAGCUACGGUACACGUGAGUGGACAGAUUACAAAAUCGUUUAUCGUGGGUUUAUCAUCAACAAGGGAAGUCUGGUUGGCGUGGCGGCAAGAGUUAGGGGAUUGAAUAGGUGGUACGGGGUUCUCCUUUCCGACGGUGGCAAGCGUAUAUCGAUCGUCAAAGCACAUGAUGAGGAACGGGUCGAAUUAGCCAGUAAGGAUUUUGCGUGGAAGGUAGAUACGCCGUAUACUCUCACAGUAGAAGUUGAAGGCGACGAGCUGCGCGCCAGAGUCGAAGGUGAGGCCAGCGUGGAACUCUCGGCUCAUGAUGCAGGUUAUGGCAGUGGUGGAAUAGGGAUCGUGGCUACAGACGGGUCAGCAUUUGUGGAUAGUAUCGACAUACGGCCGUUAAAGGAUAGUUAGAAUGUGAAAACGUGAGCGAUGCGUAAUGGUUACCGAAGCCGAAAUGAUAUCUCUCAGAACUCCGACUUAUCGGUUUUCGUUUCCAAGGUUCCCGGACUAGUAUUCUCAUCAAAUCAAUUCAUAAGCAGUCCUGGCCUAUUUAUUAUCUUAUUAUCCGCGUAAACACCACCGAGACGCAAACCCCUUAUUCCUUUUAAAAUCCGUAUGCGUAUAGUCCUGUUCACAUCAUUCCCUGCCGGCAAGCCACACGGCACCUUUUAAUCCUUCAACGAUGCCUUCUCUUAGCCACCCUUCUCCACUCCAAUGGGGGUCUCUCUUCUUUCUUCUCUCGGCAUCGUAGAGCACCAGAUCAUCACGGUCAACUCCCUUUUCGUUCUUUUCCUUUUCUUUUUCACUCUCUUCCUCUUGCGCUUUACCGGCCCUCCACUCAAGCCACUCGAAUAGGCCCUUCAAGCCAAGCAGGUUAUCUCUAGUUCCGCUG